AUGGCCAACUCCGGGCUUCAACUUUUAGGUUUUGCUCUCUCGCUCAUCGGGGUCAUUGGACUGAUUAUCGGCACUAUCCUUCCCCAGUGGAAGAUGUCGGCUUACAUAGGAGACAACAUUAUCACGGCAGUGGCAAUGUACCAAGGGCUAUGGAUGUCGUGCGCUUUUCAGAGUACCGGACAGAUGCAGUGCAAAGUCUACGACUCCAUUCUGCAGCUUGACAGCGCUCUCCAGGCCACCCGUGCCCUGAUGAUUGUGGGCAUCAUCGUGUCGGUGGCGGGGCUGGGCGUGGCGUGCAUGGGCAUGAAGUGCACCAACUGCGGGGGCGACGACAGAGUGCGCAAGUCCCGCAUCGCCAUGACGGGGGGCAUCGUCCUCCUUGUGGGGGCUCUGUGUGCGAUAGUGGCCUGCUCCUGGUUUGCCCACGACGUCAUCAGAGCAUUCUACAACCCCUUCACGCCCGUCAACACAAAGUUUGAGUUCGGGGCGGCCAUCUUCAUCGCCUGGGCCGGCUCGUUCCUGGACGUCCUGGGGGGGGCCAUGCUGGCCGCCUCCUGCCCCAGGAGCAAGCAGGUGUCCAAAUACCCUGCCGUGGCUAGCAACCGACCACCCAGCAGUGCCAAGGAGUACGUCUGAGCGACCCCCCCCCCCCCCCCCAUACCCACCCCCCCCGCUGGUCUCCCCUUCGUCGGCAUGCCGACGGGGGAAAAAACACCGCCUUCACGAAUGGGGGUUAUCUGUGAAACAUUUGGUCCCAUCUCGGUAUUUAAAAAAAAGAAUUUGGUCUGUUUUUGAUUCAGAGUAUGCUGUCGAUCUCUCUCUUCCAUGAAGGCAUUUAUUUUAUUUCAUAUUUUUUAUUUUUCAUGUGACGAUCACACUGGUCCUGAUUUUUCAUUUUUGGGGUACAUUACUUUGAAACGCCCCUCCUGAAGGACUUGUUUUAUACCUAGACUGAGAACGCUUCCCGAGUGCUUGUGUCUGCAUCUUCGAACUCCUCUUCCUCAUUCAGUCCACUUUGGUCAUCUCUCCAGGUCAAUCUUCUUGCUUUUUCUCUCGUACACCUCUUCUCUUCACCCAUCCCCUCUUUCCUUUCUCCUCUCCGGCCCCUCUGUACCUCCCUCUCUUCUCUUUCUUCAGUUUAACCCUCCUUCACUCAUCUUUUGGGACGAUUCCUCUACACACAUUCCAUGUUAAUAAUUAUACCCUUUUUUUUAGCAUUUGUUCGCAUCAUGAUUCCGACGUGCUGACGUUACCCCCGCUAAUGGGAGAAAUGGCCCAUUUUCAGUUUUGGGUUUAAAAUGUUGGGGGGCCCAGCCAGGGGGUUGGGGGGGUGCAGUUUCUAAUCUCAGGGUGGAGUUGAGAGGGAGUAACUAACUCAUCAAUGCAUUUCCGUUCGUACACCCCUGAUUGGCUGUGUCCAGAGGGCAGCGUGUCACUAAUGCACCAGUGUGACGACUGCACUGUGAAUCUGCAGCGCUGAGCUCGUCCAAUCACAGGGCAUCUUUCACGCUGUUCAUCUGUAAUUCGUUGGCUUCUUUGCCACACAUUUCUAUACCCACCCAAGUCGAGAAAAAUUACAUGAUUUGUGUGUGAUUAUCAACCAUAUUUUUUGUUUUAAAAAAGUGAAUGUAAUUUUCCUUUCAAACAACUGUUCUUCCCCCUCCCCUGCCAACAAAUAAUGUGUAACCAACAUCAUAGCCAUGAAGUAGAAGUGAGUACAGCUUCUGAGUGUGUGCCCCUGUCUCCACCAUCUGUUACUCAUGGGGUCAGUGUUGAUCCAAUGGGAGUAAUGUUCUUGUACUGUAGUUGCACAAUCCUUGGUCGUCGUCCCCCCCCCCCCCCCCUUUUGACUUAAGUAGACCUUUGUCCUCAGACACACAUUGUGCCUUUGUCCUGUAUUUCACGUUGGAAUGCCGAUCUGAGAUUUUUAAAUUAUUUUUUAAAACACUGGAAAACAAUUUAAUUCUGCAUCUCUUUCUCCCCCCCCCCCCCCCCCCCCCCCUUUUUUUAAAGAAAAAAUGUUUGUACCAUAAUGGCUGAAGAGCUAAGGUGGGAGUUUUAAUGUUUUAAUGUAAAAGUUCAGAUCAACUCCUUCCAAUGUGUCGUAGCACCAUUUUUUGCUGACUUUUAUUUGCAAAAAUGUUUUUAAUAAUAAAACUAUGAAAUGCCACAUUUGCUUGAAACCGUUUUGUUUUAUAUUUAAGGGAGCCUUGUACGUGACAUUAAAUUCACUACAUGAUUACAAAGGUGUGUGUGUAAGCUGGUGAUUUCUUUUUCCCCCGCCCAAAAAUGGACACGAGUGUCAAAACGAAUGCAAUUUUAAUCAAACCCAUUUUAGAACCAUUCCAAUACAACAACGCAGUCAUUACAGAAAGUAACAUUGCAUGCAUAUACAGAAAGCGAAUUCAUAUCCCUGUGAAUCUGCUGCCAUCUGUCGACUGGUUUCAAAAUUACGCUGUUCACAGCAAGACAGAAACAGCAUACUUUCAGUCAAGAUUCAGGGGACGAGAAA